UCUAUUUUUUCUUCCUUUCUAUCUUUACUAUAGAAAUGACACACAACGAAUCGACCAUCACCAAAGACAAAGAACUUCCUCAACCUCAAAAUAGCAAUCGCCUCAGCACUGCGCCUCUGAAAGACAAGUUAUUAACGAAUUCUUCUUAUCUGGCAGCAGAAAUUCCCCUCAAACUAGGUCAUUUUAUGUCCAAUCUAUGGACCUCUGGAUCCGAACUCUCUAGCUCUUUUUUUGCUCAGCAUCCCAAUGAGACAGAUAUGAUUAUUUGGCUAUUAGGAUGUCCUUAUUAUACCAAACCUUUAGAUCAAAUGCAACAAGCUAUUUUAGAGGCACAAAAAGAUGACAUGUUUAGACCAGAUACACAGCAAGAACCACAAGAUACAAAUGCAGUUGCUUUGCUUUGGCCGCCUGAUUUCUAUGAGGAUUUUACUUCCCGAUUAUGGAUGACCUAUCGUCACAACUAUCCUCCUAUUCGACCUUCAAGUCACAAGACAGACAUUGGGUGGGGAUGUAUGCUUCGAAGUGGACAGAGUCUAUUGGCAAACACAUUAUUGAUUCAUUUCUUAUCCAGAGACUGGCGACGUCAAAGGCAAACACCAGCCACAAGAAAAGAAUACAACAAGAUUGUGCAUUGGUUCUUGGAUGAAUUGUCACCGAGAGCACCAUUCUCUAUUCAUCGUAUUGCACUUCUGGGUAAACAAUUGGGCAAACAUAUUGGUGAAUGGUUUGGUCCAAGUACCAUCAGUCAAGUUAUUCAAGCAUUAGUAUCUGAUUUUCAACCUGCUCAUCUGUCUGUCUAUAUUGCAGCGGAUGGUGUGAUCUAUCAAGAUGGUGUUCAAGAUGUAGUCACUGGGAAAAAACCAAGAGGUGAUUUUACAAGUCUAUGUAAAUUAGGCAUGGAUGAUCCUGCGUAUCAUGCCUCCAAUGCACCAACUGUAUUUGAGCAACAAACUCAAUUUAAACCUGUCUUGAUCUUGAUUCCUUUACGCUUAGGCAUUGAUUCCCUUCAUCCCACCUAUUAUCCUGCUCUCAAGGCAUGUUUUGAACUACCUUGGUUUGUAGGUAUUGCAGGUGGUAAACCGAAUUCUUCACUUUAUUUUGUGGGUCUUCAAGGAGAUGAUUUGAUCUAUUUAGAUCCUCAUUUCUCAAGACCUGCUUUAGAAACCAAGAGCUUAACAGACUAUACAAGAGAAGAUUUUGUCACUUAUCACUGUGCUAUACCGCGCAAGAUUCCUCUUGCCAACAUAGACCCUUCUAUGAUGAUUGGAUUCUAUUGCCGUACAAGACAAGAAUUGGAUCAUUUUUAUGAACAGAUUCAUAGGAUAUCUGAACAACAUACGCCUAUCUUUACUAUUGAACAACACACACCAGAAUAUGAUGAAGAUGUACGAAGUGAACAUGAUUUUGGUAUCAUGAGUGAUGAAGAUCCAUCUUCAGAAGCAAGUGCCUCUUUAUAAUAACAAUUAAAAUACCGUUCAUACGCGCCUUU